AUGCGUAUUUUCCCUCUUAUUUUCUUCAGUGGGCUAGCCUUGGCUGCCGCAAAGAUCAAAAGAUCCACGCCCGCGGAUCUUGUGCUUCAUCGAGAUGUUACCAGUGCCCAGCUCGUUGAGCAUAAGUACAUUGUCAUACUCAAGUCAACGGCCGAUUCAUUGGAGAUAUCUACCAAAUAUGACGCCACCAGUUUGUACAAUGCUACUCUCAAUGGAUUCGCUGCGUUCCUCAACGAUGACGAAUUAGAGGCUCAGCGAUGGGAAUCAGACGUCGAAUAUGUGCAACAAGUCCAAACCGCCAACAUCAGCUCUGUGUCGACACAGGAAAAUGCUGGCUGGGGUCUAUCGAGAAUUUCAAACAGUACAGUAGGAAGUACUUCGUACAGCUACGACGAAUCAGCCGGCGAAGGAACAUGCAUCUACAUUCUUGACACGGGAAUAUCUGUGAACGAUCCAGAAUUCGAAGGCCGAGCCACCUUUGUCAAAGAACUAUCAGGAGAUGGCGUUUCCGAUGACACUGUUGGCCAUGGCACCAGUGUUGCAGCCUGUGCUGCGUCUAAGACGUACGGGACAUCCAAGAAGGCCAAACUAUUUGCUGUCAAGGUCGUUGGCGGUAACGGCGAGAUUGGGGACAGUUCAACCGUUAUUGCAGGGAUGGAUUUUAUUGGCCAAGAUUUCAUUUCAAGACAAGAAGAGUGCCCUGCUGGCAUCUUGGUCAACAUGUCUGUCGGUACUCAACCUCCAAUGCAGUCUAUGAACGAUGCAGCACGUGCACUAGUCGAAGCGGGAUUGUUUGUCGGUGUAGCCGCGGGAAACUUCAACGAAGAUGCUUCCAACCGAUCUCCAGGAGCUGAACCUCUCGUUUGCACCGUUGGGGCCUCUGAUAGUUCCAACAACCGCGCCGACUUUUCCAAUUUUGGCGAGUUGAUGGAUAUCUACGCGCCAGGGAAAUCUGUCGACACUAUCGACAGAUUUGGUGCUCCUAUAUCAUCCAGCGGGACCUCACUCGCAUCGCCGUAUGUUGUCGGGCUGGCCGCCAACCUCAUGGUACUAGAAGGUAACCCGGGGCCUAUCGCUAUGUGUCAGCGCUUGCAGGAACUUGGUGUUACAGACAUUCUUGGAAAUAUACCAACUGGUACCAUCAACAUCCUAGCCAACAAUAUCGCUGCGACGAGCUAA